UGAACUUCGUAAGCUUAUUAGUUAUAUUAAUUCCGAUGACUGGGAAGAAUCUACAAAGCCUAUUAUUACUAGAAUUAUGAAGGUUAUAAAAGAUGAAGGGCAAGAAUCAGAAGCUGAAAAAAUUCAAAACAUUAAAACUUCAGUUGAAGUUAUUGGAGGUUCAGUUGAGGAUCUAAAAGAAAUGCUAGCAAAG